AAUAAAAUUCCGGAUUAACGCUUUAUUGCUCCACCUUCGAUCCAUUCCGAAAGGCGGCAACUCGGGACCGCGUGACGCAGAGCGCGCCGGCGACGACUGUAGAAAGAUCGGAAGAAGAUGUCGGGCAUGGGAGAUGGAUACGUCGGCACUGCCCAAGACGCCGUCAGGAUUCGAAGACUCGAGAAGCAGAGGGAAGCCGAGCGCCGGAAAAUCCAGGAGCUCAAGGCCAAGACUGCCUCCGACAAAGGCCAGCCUGGUCUCCUUCAAUUUGGCUCCAGUACCUCUGAGAUUCUUGAAACAGCAUUCAAGAAGGAAACUGUUGGUCUGGUGACGAGAGAAGAGUAUGUUGAGAAGAGAGUGAACAUUCGAAACAAAUUUGAGGAGGAGGAGAAGGAGAAACUUCAAAAGCUACAACGAGAGGAAGAGGAACUCCAAUUGCAAAAACGGAGGAAAAGGAAAAUAAGGGGGAAUUCACGUUUGUCUUUCUCUGAUGAUUUUGAGAAUGGAAGCGAUGAGGACGAUGAUAAUAAAAAUUUGGAGCCAAGGAAGCUUGGGCGUGAUAAACUUGGGAAAGAUCCUACAGUGGAGACUAGCUUUUUGCCUGAUAGUGAGCGGGAAGCUGAGGAGCAAGCUGAGCGUGAAAGGCUUAAGAAACAGUGGCUUCGGGAGCAGGAGCAAAUUCGAAGCGAGCCACUUCAAAUUACUUACAGUUAUUGGGAUGGAACUGGGCAUAGACGAGUCAUUCAGGCACGAAAAGGUGAUAGAAUUGGAGAGUUUCUGCGGGCUGUACAGCAGCAACUCGCUCCUGAGUUUCGGGAGAUAAGGACUACCUCGGUAGAGAAUUUGCUCUAUGUGAAGGAGGAUCUUAUAAUACCACACCAACAUAGCUUCUAUGAGCUUAUUGUGAACAAGGCUAGAGGCAAAAGUGGCCCGCUUUUCCACUUUGACGUACAUGAGGAUGUUCGGACAACUGCUGAUGCAACAAUCGAGAAGGAUGAGUCUCAUGCUGGGAAAGUUGUUGAGAGGCACUGGUACGAGAAGAAUAAGCAUAUCUUUCCUGCUUCAAGAUGGGAGAUAUACGAUCCAACCAAGAAAUGGGAGCGGUACACCAUCCACGGGGAUUGAUUCUAUGACAUACAGCACGGGUAGUAUGGUUUAUGCCUUGAAUCCUCAGUUUUUUUCUUACCUCUGCCAUAUUAUGCACGCUUGAGUAUGUUUGAAAUAAGGAAUUUGAAAUUAACUGACAGAUGAUAUCAAGCCCUUUUUUCAUGGUAUCCGUUUUCUUUUCUUGUUGUGAAUGGGAUGUGUAUUGUGUUAUUUAA